AUGAACCCAGCCCAGGACCGACGACCGCACCGGCGCCACCACCAGAAGCCGAGCGAGCGGCCGGCAGAGCUGAUCCAGAUCAGCGAAGAGACGGCGCGGUUCGGCUUGCUCCGCCUGAUCGCGACCCAGCUGAGCGCGGCGGGGUUCACGCAUGUCUCGCAUCGCUCGGUGGUCGAGGACCUCGAAGGACUAGUCAGUGGCCUCUUGGACGGGAUCGUGCAGCUCGCUUACGAGCUCGCCCAGCUCUCGAACCGCUCCCGGCCUAAUGUUCGCGACAUGCUUGCGGCCUGCGCCGACCAGGGCAUCGAGCUGCACCAUCUGAACGAGAUCCUAUCCAUCGAGCAGCCUGCGCCCAGCCAAGAAGUCAAGUUCGAGAUCCCGAGAGCUAGGUCCGAAAAGCCGUCAGAUCCCACCCUCGAUUUCCUCCCCUCGGACCCAGAGAGCGAGGACGCACAGGAUGGCAACGGCGCCGACAUCGUGAUGGCCUCCUCUCAUCCCAAGCGACGCCGGCCGAACUCUGAACGGAUCGGAGGCCUGCCCCAUCUGCCCUCCUUGCCCGCCAAGCAUACAUGGAUACACACCGCUUCCAUGCCGUCCUCAGCGACAGUCAUCCCACCCGAGCAUCUUACACGCCAACAAACGACGACGACCCAGCCGAUGACGAACCUGCUGACGACCGAGUUCCUGAAGGCGGACGAACAGGACCCGAACACGCCGAGCUGUCUGGGCUUCCUGAACCGGCGGAUCAGGGAUACCCGGCUGGUCGAGCGCUCGCUCACCAACCUCGUCCAGCCCAACUCGAUCCUCUCUUCCUCCGGAUCUCCCCCCAAGCUCCCCCCUCCUGUCCUCCAGCUCCCCCCGUCUAGCCCGCUCAGAUCGCCCCCGAAACUCGCCCUCUCAGAGGCUGAUAUCCCGAUCAUCAACUUCGAACACGAUUGGUACCCCGAUCAACACUCCCCUCUCACCGAUCGACAGUCAUAG